AUGGGAGCAGAUCAUAACAAGAAACAAAGUGGUGAGGCAAAAGAGAACAAAGAUAUAGUGCAGCUUCAUCGGCAGAUUGGCUUGCUGCCUGCUGUGUGCUUCAUCGUUGGGACAGUUGUGGGCAGUGGGAUUUUCAUUGCUCCUAAGGGUGUCCUGAUGAACAGCGGCACAGUCGGGCUGUCUCUGGUAGUCUGGGGUCUUUGUGGAGUCCUCUCCUUGCUUGGGGCACUGUGCUAUGCUGAGUUGGGCACCACUUUCUCAAAGUCAGGAGGCCAUUACACUUAUUUACUGGAGACACUUGGGCCACUGCCUGCUUUCCUAAGAAUCUGGUCUGAGUUUUUAUUCAUCAGGCCAGCUGUUGCAUCCUAUGUGGCAUUGGCAUUUGGACGUUAUGUGGUUGAGCCUUUCUUUACUCCAUGUGCUGCUCCCUCUGCACUCAUCAAAGUAGUCGGCAUCCUGGGAGUGACAUUUGUUGUGGCUGUAAACUGCUGGAGUGUGUCAGGGGCUUCUCGAACACAAGUGACCCUGACCUUUAUUAAGAUGUUUGCUCUAGUCCUUAUUAUCAUUCCUGGUAUCAUCGCACUGGCUAAAGGAAAGACUGACAAUUUUCAGAAUUCAUUUGAAGCUGAAUCUUUAACACUGGACAGACUGCCUUUGGCAUUUUAUAACGGUUUAUAUGCCUAUGGAGGCUGGUUUUAUCUCAACUAUAUCACAGAAGAAGUUAUCAAUCCAAACAGAAAUAUCCCUCUGGCCAUCACCUGCUCCAUGGUGAUAGUGACAAUCUUCUAUGUGCUGGUAAAUGUAGCGUACUACACCAUGCUGAGUCCAGCAGAGUUACUGCAGUCGGAUGCUGUAGCUGUCACAUUUGCCAAUCGGGCUCUACAGGGUUUGUCUUCUAUUAUCCCUAUUCUUGUGUCUGUAUCAUGCCUUGGAACACUUAAUGGAAGCUUCUUUGGAGUACCCAGAAUGUUUUUUGUGGGAGCCCGAGAUGGUCACUGGCCACCGAUAUUUUCUAUGAUUCAUAUCCGCAGGCACACACCAUUACCAGCUGUACUCUUUCUGUAUCCGUUGGUUGUGCCAAUGAUGAUCUGUGGAGAGAUCUACCGGCUUAUCAACUUUGCCUCCUUCCCUCGCUGGUUCUUCCUUGCCUCUGCCACUCUAGGAAUGCUCAUACAUCGAUACCGCUUCCCUCUAAAGCCAAGACCGUUCAAGGUGCCAGUGGUGAUCGUGGUCAUCUUCACUGUUGUGUCCUUCUUUAUUGUGGGUUUCUCUCUGUACUCGGACCCCUGGAAUACAGGCUGUAGCUGUGCCCUCACACUGAGCGGAGUGCCAGUCUAUUAUUUAACUGUACACCGCUCUCGGGUGCCUCUGAGAUUCAGGCGCAUCUUUAAUCUGUGUAGCAAGCAGCUGCAAAUUCUCCUAGAAGUUGUUCAACAGGACAUCCAGACAUAUUGA